CUCUUGCGCUGGUUCAAGGAAGAUUUUUUCGAGUGGGUGGAUAAACCGAAGUGCGAAAAGUGCGGGAACGCGGAGACGAGGUUGAAACGCACCGAUCAAGGCGAAGCGCUGCGCGCGGAAGAGCGCGAGGGCGAAGCGAGUCGCGCGGAGGUGUACGAGUGCUCGACGUGUCGCGCCGAGACGCGAUUUCCGCGGUAUAAUUCCGCAAUCAAACUGCUCGACACGCGUCGCGGUAGAUGCGGGGAGUGGGCGAACGCGUUCACGCUGUGCUGCCGAGCGAUGGGGUAUCGCGCGCGUUGGGUCCUCGACUGGACCGACCACGUGUGGACCGAGGUGUAUUCGGAACGCCAAAAGCGGUGGUUACACUGCGAUCCUUGCGAGAACGUGUGCGAUAAGCCGUUGCUGUACGAACAGGGUUGGGGCAAACAAUUGUCGUACGUCAUCGCCUUUUCAGUCGAAGGCGUGGUGGAUGUGACUAAACGUUACACGAAGGAUAUGAAGCCGCUCUACCGUCGUCGCGGCGAGGUGUACGAGCCGUGGCUCAAGAGUCGCUGCGACGCCCUGACGCGCGAGCUCAGGAUGCAAAUACCGGCGAAUGAGGUGAAAGAGCUCGAGGCCCAAGAUGCGAUGGAGUCGCUCGAGCUCGAUAAACCAGCCGUAGACAUCGGGGAAUCGCUGCCUGGAAGGCAAACGGGAAGCUUCUCGUGGCGAGCAGCGCGAGGCGAGCUAGGA